CAACGGCCUCUGAAUGGUCAGUAUUCCAUCCAAUCAAACGCCUCACGGAAUUCGCUCAGAAAUGGCUUCAGCGGAAGUGGAAAAGCUCCGAGGACGAUACGCCGCUCUAUCUAUCGCGGCUGUUGUGAUAGCUGUGGGUAUUCCGCUGUGGUGGAAGACGACGGAGACGUACCGCGCAUGGCUUCCUUACUCCCACAUCAACGAGCUCGGUUCGCUGCAGCUCCAGCUGAGCAUGGAGGUGGAGGUGGUGUUCUCAAGGGGCACCCUGACCCCAGAGCAGCAGAAGAAGGUCCCUCUCACCCAGACCAGGGAGCAGCAGCACCACGUGGAUGAAAACACUGGCCUGAAAUACCGCUAUGAGAUGAAGUACCGCACUGCCACCAUCAUGGAAGAGGAUGCUCUGAGACAGCCCACUGCCGAGGAGGCCGACUUCUCCUUGUACAAGUUGAGUGAAAGCCCGUGUGGUUCAGUGGUGGUGUAUGUGAUUCCUGAGACAUCUGUGCUGCUGCCAGAGAACAUCAAGGUGUAUGUGGGGCAACGUCGGACCGCCCUCCUGCGUGGACAGGUGGGCCAAGGUGGGGAACUAAAAGCAGUACUAUCUGCUCUGGACCCAGAGAUUGAACAAGUGGUGCGCACUAUGUCCUUCAGCCAUGAGGACAUCAUGGCUGCGCUCAGUGACAGGAUCCGGAUGGGUAGGCUAAGCAAGGAGAGCCUGGCUGACAGCAUGAGAUCCUUUAAAUCCAGUCCCGGAUAUGAGAUCACUUUCAGCUUGUUGAACCCAGACCCCCAGUCCCAUAACCUGCAUUGGGACAUCGAGGGAGCUAUACACACCUACAUCCAGCCCCUUCUGGACAAAUUAGCACCAGUGGCCAACCACUCAGUGGACUCCCAGAUCCUGUAUUAUGCUGUCCUGGGGGUGAACCCUCGCUUUGACAACAGUGUGUCAGCAUUCACACUCAGUGCUGACAGCCUAGCCCAUGUCAUAAAUCCUGUGGAGGCAAGGCUAGGCUCUAAUGCAGCCUCCUCAAACCCAGUCCUGAACUUUUUGCUUUUUGUGCCGGAUGCCCACCACUCUCCACUCUUCAUCCAGGACCACAGCAAGCGUGUUGUGGACAGCAAUGCUUUCCACAGCCCGCGCUGGGGUGGCAUCAUGGUGUAUAAUGUGAAUGACCGCUAUGGACAGGAGGCAGAGUUUCCUGUGCACAUCGACAUCGACAUGGCACAUGUGAUGGGGGUCUUUCUAGCACAGCUACGGCUAAUGCUGGGUGUUCAGUCAGCUCACCCACCACCAGGCUUCUUGCUUCAGAGCCCAGGUAGUGCCGGGCUGACGGACUGGGAGCUGGACCGCCUCCAAUGGAGCCGCACUGUGGAGAAUGUGGCCACAGCCAGCACCAGCAUCACAUCGCUUGCCCAGCUGCUUGAUCAGAUUGGCAAUAUUGUCAUCAAUGACAACAUUGCUCAACAGGUAUACAAUGCAGUGACGUCACUCCAGGCAGCGGUGGCCGAGCUGGAGGCAGGGAACUUGGCCUUUGCUCUUCAGUACAGCCGUGAGGCCAUCCUUGCAUCAGAGAGGGCCUUCUUCGACCCGUCGUUGCUGCAUCUGCUCUACUUCCCUGAUGACCAGAAGUUUGCCAUCUACAUCCCACUUUUCCUGCCUAUGUGUGUCCCCAUCCUGCUGUCACUGCUCAAGAUGGCUGGUGAACUACGUCAGAGACGCAAAGAGCAGCGUGCCAAAAGGGACUGAGAGCAGCGAUGAGACUCUCGCAGACUGUUAAAGUUACAUGUUUGCUCCCGUGCACAACCAUACAAAUUAGGGCCUAAAGUUGCACACUUAAGAUAUAAAUGAGUUCCUCUACACCUGUCAACACAGGUAUGUACCUGUACACAUCCACAUCACAGAACAUUGUCACUGUGCAACACUAGUGUUAGUGUGUUGAACUGUACAGGUGGGGAGGAGACACGAUGAUGGCAAAAGGGAACAGCGCUACAUUUUUUUUCUGUGGCUGAACUCCGUUCAAACCAAUCAGCAGGUGUAGCCUUACACAUUAUGUCACUGGAAUUGAAACUGCUGUAAACAAUGAAUUCGAGACAGCUUGUAUGUCACCUACACAAGUGGAGAUAAGUCCUCAAGCUAAUCUUUUCCUAUUUUAUAAAGACCUAAAAACCCUCUUACGCACAAUGUUUAACGGUGGUGUUCAGGGUUUUGGGUACGCUAUUCCUUUGUGUUUAGCCGAGCCUACCUCAGAAAAUACAAGGCUUGUUUAAACUCUUAACACUGGUUUUGUCUUUAAUCUUUAUCAUCCAAUAAUGUCAAAUACAUCCUU